UUAAAUUAACAUUUAUUUAUUUAUUAGUGAGAUUGUGAUAACUGUGUAGCUAAAAUGGUUUUCGAACAAUUAAUAUCACAGUGGCCUCAACAGAAACAAUUCAACAUACCAGACCAAACUGGUCUAUUCCAAUCUGAACUACCUACGGAGAGCAAUUCAAUCACUUCCCAACAUCCAUUUGUUUUUAUUCAAGCUGAAUCAGCAACGACACAAAAUUCUUUCGUAGAUGUAGACAGGGCAAUGAAAACAAGUGAAACUAUUGAAGAAAUUUUACCAAGUACAACAGAAACUUUAUCGAGCAUAUACACUAGCAUUAGAGACGCUCUAACCACUACCCAAAAUAGUUUGGUUACGGAAUUACAAGACAAAUCAACAAUUUCGUUAAACGUAACUUCAAAUUCCUUUUCAACCGAAGAUAUAAGUAACACGGUUACAACGGAAACGAGUAUGCUCGUCACAUCCAAUUAUAGUGAAAUUUUCACAGUUUCACAAACGUCUUCGACGGAUCUUGUGACUGAUAAUAAUUUAAAUUUGACAAAAAUGAUAACAACGACUUCGGAGGCCGUUUCCAAUAGUUUUAAUGUAUUUACAGAUGAAAUGUCUACUACUAAGAGUAUAUUGGAUAAUGUUAAUGGUACAUCUACUGAUGGAAUUUAUCAUACAACUGAUGACACCUGUUGGAUUUAUUAUGUUAUAAUUGGGGUUCUUAUUGGAAUCUUGGUUAUAUUUGCUGUAGGUGUAACCUUUUUUUAUAAUAUGAAACAAAGGAAACGGUGUCCCGAAUAUGAAGUAUCACAAAUUCAACAGAUAAGCGUUGAUUGAAAAAAUGAUGGUAAAUGACAAAAUGUAUUUUAGUUUGAAAAUACAAUUUAAUGAGAGUUCUACUCUAUUACCGAGUUUAUCUGUUUUAUAGUUAAUUUAUUAUGAAUUAUUAUCAUUUAAUAGACAUAAUAUUGUAUCAUAAAUACAAUCAAUAACGUGCUUAGAAGCGUUUUGUUAUUGUUGCUAUUUUACAUAUAAGAAAUAAUUAAGGAAAUUUUUUAUACUUUUUUUUCUGGAAAUACAUUUAUUCCAUACAACUAAUUUUGUCACAGUUUCGACUACCUUUUACGUAUCUUUUUAAAUAAAGAUAGCAUUAAUAAAAAUAAUAAUUUGUUUAAUACUUUGACUGCUAUGUAUAUACCUGAGUAUACACUCGGCGCUGUUAUAAACCCCCUCGUGUAUCUUUGUAUAUAGGUACACGCAUUUUUCUCUACAUCAGACCA